AACCCGUUCGUGGAGGAGGAGGAUGACGUCACCGUCACCUGACACGUGUCACAUGACAGACAUUUUUGGGUUGAGAGACAGGCAGAGCGUUUACAAGAAGUCGGAAAUAAAUAUAAAAAUAUACGUUUACCAGCUUUACAAAAUGUUUUUUGUUUUUCCAUAUCGAAAUCGCCUUGAUCAGCACGUGUUCACAUUAUGAAUUAGCUGUUUCCAUCAGCGCACACAAGUAGUCGGUAAUCUCAGGUUGUCAUCGAGCUAAAGACUGAACGCAAACAUGAGUCCAGAAGGAAAGACCCUGCUCAACAUCAUAAUCCUGGGUUUGGGAUUCAUGGUGAUGUUCACUGCCUUUGGCACCUGCGGGAAUAUUGAACAAACCGUAAUAAAGAGUUUCAACAGUACAGAGUUUCAUGGAAGUGGCUACACAAGCAUGGCGAUUAUCUAUGCCGUAUUCUCCGCGUCGAACCUUAUAGCGCCCUCAGUGAUAGCUGUCAUUGGAUCUCAGUUGUCUUUGUUUUUUAGUGGACUUGUUUACAGUGGUUAUAUUGCUGUUUUCAUUCAUCCGUACACCUCGUCGUUCUACACUUUAUCUGUGUUGCUUGGAAUCGCCGCUGCAGUGCUCUGGACAGCCCAGGGGAAUCUGCUCACCAUCAACUCCAAAGAUGCCACCAUUGGGAGAAACAGUGGAAUAUUUUGGGCAUUGAUGCAGUUUAGCUUAUUCUUUGGUAAUCUCUACAUAUUUCUUGCCUGGCGUGGCAAGAGUCACAUAACAGAUAAAGACCGUCAGACAGUUUUCAUCACACUCACGGUCAUCAGCCUGGUAGGCAACUUCCUUUUUUUCUUGAUCCAGCGACCAGACCCAGAACCUGCACCUUCUGAUGCUUCUGAGUCACCUCUACCAGCAGACAUCUCUGAUAGUAGCUCUGUGGUUCCAUCCCAGAGUCUGAGCUCUCAAGCAUUCGAUGCAUUCAAGAAAUCCAUACAGCUAGCUAUGACCAAAGAGAUGCUUUUACUGAGCAUACCCUUUGCGUAUUCUGGUCUCGAGCUCACCUUUUACAGUGGGGUGUAUGGGACAUGUUUAGGGGCCAUGACUCAAUUAGGAGACGAUGCCAAGGGUCUCAUCGGCCUCUCUGGAAUUUUGAUAGGUGUAGGUGAAAUACUUGGAGGAGGACUAUUUGGAAUCCUGGAUAAGUGUAAUCGUUUCGGCAGAAACCCGGUGGUGUUUUUGGGCCUGUUCAUCCAUAUUGUGGCAUUCUUCCUCAUCUUCCUCAACAUAGCCAAUGAUGCUCCUGUGGCCCCAGAGGAAGGCACACAAAUGCAAGCUUUUAUCCAGCCCAGUGUAACUCUGGCGCUGAUAUGCAGUUUCCUGCUGGGUCUGGGUGAUAGUUGUUUAAACACUCAGCUCAUCAGCAUCGUGGGCUUCUUGUUCCGGGAGGACAGUGCUUCAGCAUUCGCAGUCUUUAAAUUUGUUCAGUCCAUCACAGCUGCGAUAGCCUUCUUCUACAGCAACUAUCUUCUCUUGCACUGGCAGUUGCUUAUUAUGGUGCUGACGGGCUUUCUGGGCACCAUUACUUUCUUUGUGGUGGAGUGGGGCGUUAUCAACAGUCGACGGGGCUCAGAUUAUGACAGUAUCUGAUCAGAAGAGUUAGAAGGACUGAAGUGCCAGAACUACGUCUCAUCUCCAGCCAUCAGCCUCAGUGAGCAGAUCUACAAGCCAUCUUCAAUGGCCAUUUUCCUCUAUGGUGUAGCUCUUUGGUCUAGGCCACGUAUUCUCCUUUUCAAGUGAAUCGGCUGUGUAGACUCUUUACUUUCUUUACUUGCACUUAAAAUAUGUUUACUCCUCAUAUGGGAUCUAGGAUAAAGUGCUGUAAUGCAAUAAAAGUUUUGUUCAGA